CCUCAAUGUCUGAUAUAAAGAUCACCUCCGUUUCUGCCCCAAUUAUUCUGUCCUCCAGGUCUCUGACUGUGGAAACGGUCAGUCAGGACGUGUCUGCUCCAGCUUCUGGUCCGUGGAGGGAGUCCAGUUUCUCAGAGAGUCAUGGAAGGUCAGUGGGGCUCCAGUAUUCAUGAACAACACAGACAAAUUCAAGAAGCAAUGAAGACGAAUCCUACUCAAGGAAUUGCAAAGAUCAAAGAGUAUUUGGGGAAGCAGAACAACACUCCACUGAACAUCGCCAUCACUGGAGAAACUGGCUCUGGAAAAUCCACCUUCAUUAAUGCUUUCAGAGGCAUAAACAACAGCGAUGAAGGAGCCGCUCCAACUGGAGUUGUUGAAACCACCACAGAGGUCGAACCGUACCCUCAUCCGAACCUCCCCAAUGUCACAUUAUGGGAUCUCCCUGGUGUUGGAACCCCCAACUUUCCAGCUGAUGAGUACUUGAAGAAGGUUGGAUUUGAGAGGUUUGACUUCUUCAUCAUCAUCGCAGCCUGUCGAUUCAAAGAAAACGAUGUGAAACUCGCUCUGGAGAUCAAGAGGAUGGGGAGAAAGUUCUACUUUCUUUGUUCAAAGAUCGACAUUGAUAUGUACAAUGAGGAAAGAAGUCAGAGAAAUUUUGACAAACAGAAGACUCUCAAAGCCAUCAGAGAUAACUGCAUUAAAGGUCUUCGUGGUCAAGGCAUUGAGGCUCCACAGGUCUUCCUGGUGUCCAGCUUUGAGCUCCACCAGUUUGAUUUCCUUUUGUUACAGGAGACAUUAGAGAGAGAGCUUCCUGAACACAAGAGGAACGCUUUUGUGUGUGCUUUGCCCAAUAUCAGCAAGGAGAUCAUGAAGAAGAAGAAGGAUGCUUACCAAGCACAAAUCAAGUAUCAUGCUUUGUUGUCUUCUGGUGUAGCAGCUGUACCGCUCCCUGGACUGUCUGUUGCUGUUGAUCUGGCCUUGGUGGCAGGUGUUGUCACGCAAUAUGUGAUCGGGUUCAGGCUUGAUAAGGAGUCACUGAAGAGGCUUUCUGACUCCUCAGGUGUGCCGUACUCUGAGCUUGUUUCUGUCAUGACUUCACAACUGGGGGCAACGACAAUCACCCCUCAACUCAUCCAGAAGCUGUUGAGCCAAAUUCCAAGAAUAUUAGCAUUAAUAGCUGCAGAGGAAGUAUCCAGAUUCCUUAUUGUUAUUGGGACUCCAGUAUCCAUGAUCCUCUCUGGUGUUUCCACUUACAAAAUUCUGAAGUUUUUUCUCGACUUGGUUGCUGAUGAUGCUCAGAGAGUGUUUGAAAAGGUCGUUAAAGAAACCACUGAAGUGUGAUUCUGUAGCACAUCUCAAAGUGAUGUGCACUCAAGUUCCUCUGUGCAGAUUAAAUAGGAGUUAAAUACGGCUGUUAUACAAUCGAAAACAACCUGAUUAUCUGCAUGAACUGUAUGCAAUGAUAAGGCCUACUCAUUUAUGGCAACAGUGAUUUACGACUUAGUGUCAUGUUAAAUUUCAGGAUUUUUUACAACUGUAGCUGUCAAAACAUACAUUUCUGUCAAUCAUGAUUAAUCACAUUAUUUCCAUAGUUUGUCACUGUAAAUCACGCUUUAAAUUGCAUUUUUGAUAUUCUGUUGUUUUGCAUUCAAAGACAGUUUUCAGUCCAUAACGUAAAGCAUUCAUCCGUCCAGACAAAUGGUUAUGAAGUUGAACUAACAUAGUUCUGGAAGUUUUAACAUUGAAAAUUCCUGUAGCAACUGAUUUCUUACCAGAGUGUCUUGAUUGGGAAUAAAUCGCAGAGAAAUAAUUUCCUUUUUAAGCUUGUUGGGUUUUGUUUCAAGUUAAAAUGCCAUGUAGAUCAAUUUAAGACAAUGUCUAUGUUGAAAAUACAGUUUUCAAACCGAAAAAAGCCAUAAAUCUAUUGAUGUAAUUAAUUUUUAUUUAAAAAUCAUAAAUCUUUAGUCAUCUUUACAUUAAUCAAUCAUGAUUGAUGCAAUAAACUCUGACAGCCUUAUAACAACUAAUAUUGAGACUUGUUGAAACAUCUGAACCAGCAUAAUCAACAGAUGUUUUCAGAUUAUGGUGUGAUAUAAUGUGGAGGGACUAUAGAUAAAAAAAAUUAUAAAGUACAUACUACACUUGUGUUACAAUUGUGUUACUUUUGUUUGAGUCUUUCCUGACGUUGAUUUGUGUUACUGGAUCAUAUUGAUAUGUGUAUAUUAAUAAUAAAGUCUUCACUGACCUCUAGUGGUCAUAUUGAGAAUGUACAACCAGAUACAAUUCAGAUUUCAACUGUUGCUUUUUCUUUGCUGUCCGUAUCCAGUUGACAUUUGUAAGCAGUCAUGAAAUAUUUAGAUUUUUGCGUUCAUGUUUAUUAUUAGAUCAGUUUGUUUGAAGAGACAGUGAUUUGUUUUUUUGCAUCUUCAGACUGAUUAUGAUUGUUCGUUGCUUUCACGUGGGCACAGUGAGGAUUUACAACAGUAUCAUUCUGAUUUUGAAGAUUUUGCUCAUUCAUUAACUGUUCUGCAUAGAAUUACAGUGUUUUUUAUUUCAAAAAAGUGCAUGUGAAUAGAAAAAAAUGUCCAUGUGGUUGGUGUGUGUGUGUGUGUGUGUGUGUGUGUGUGUGUGUGUGUGUGUGUGUGUGUGUGUGUGUGUGUGUGUGUGUGGACACUGGAAUACAUGACUGUGCAAAUCUUGUGGUAUCUUUUAUAUUAUAUUUAUUUUUAUAUUAGUUUUUGUAGUUCUAAUGCGAUUUGCCCUUUUUUAGGCCUGUAUGCUGAUUGUUAUGGGAUGGUGGUGGUUUCUACAUUGCAAAUGUAAACAUUACUAUGUGUGCAGUCAAUGCAACUUAUGUAAGUACUAUUUGCAUUGUCAAAAGUUAUUUUUAUAAAAAUAAAGUUGCUCCUGGA